AGCGCCUGGCGCUGGUCAGCCGUCCUCGCCUGCCUGGCUACCCGCGCUUUCCCAGCCGGCGUGGGAUUGCUGGACGAGAGCGCCCAGGAGAGCCUUCUUGCGAGGCAGGGAAGAGGCGCGGCGAUGGGCUCGACCGAGGAGCUGCUCGUGCUGCCGCCGCCGCCGAAGUGCGUCUUCGAGAGGGAGUGGGCGCCAUCGUUGCCGUCCCUAGGUGGGAGGGCAGGAGCCCCGCACAGGCGGCCGCAGAAGCCUCCGCCGCUUCUUGACGAGGAGGAGGAAGAGGAGAGACAGCAGGACCAGCAAGAUGAAAGAGACAGUAGUGCUGAACCCAUUACAGAUGAUUACAAAAAGAUGGGGACUCUCUUUGGUGAGCUGAAUAAAAGUCUCAUCAGCAUAGGCUUCACAAGGAUGUAUUUUGGAGAACGAAUUGUGGAACCUGUAAUAAUUAUGUUCUUCUGGGUUAUGCUCUGGUUCCUUGGCCUGCAAGCUCUUGGACUAGUUGCUGUCCUGUGCCUUGUCAUUAUUUAUGUUCAGCAAUAAAAUACAAUGGAUGGUAGAUGAAUGAUUAUGUCAUAUUUUGGUGGAUUUAUGUUCCUAGCCAAACAACAAUUGUAUGUUAUAAGCUGCUAUGCUGAACAUUUUAUGAUAAUUAAAGUUAAUGCACUUUCAAACUGCCAUUAUCUUUGUAACUAAAACUGAUGCAAAAAACAAUACAUCAGGAAUAGUUAAGCAAACGGGGAUCUUAGUUCCAUCACAGGGACAGUGGAAAUAAAUACGGAGAAAAGCUACUGAAUCAAUGUAGUUCCUGUGGACACAUUCUGGUAGCUCCUUAAGAUAUAAAAAAACAAACUUGUAAAAAUAAGUCCUGUGAUUUUCUAUUUGUGCUCUGUUUUCUUUCAAAUAGUAUCUUUUGUAUUAGGAACUAAACUUUAAAACCACAGUUUGUAUGAGGCUUUUUUGCUGCAUGGUUUUAUAUCAUCCUGUAAAUCUCUGCCAACUUCAGCAUCGUGUUUGUACAUAUACAGCCAUGUUAAGUGAAUCUGCUUCUGGGUGGCUAAUGUCAUUAAUGCUUUAUAAGCAUAUAAGAAACAUUAUCAGUUUGGACUUCAGAUAAAUGGCUGAACUUGCAUCUUUUCUUCCACAUCAGGUUUACUUUUCCAUCUUAACACAGCUAGGGAGUUACCAUUGUACCCUUAAACAAAUUAGACAGCUUCCUCUUUUGGUGGAGAGGUGACUUCCUAAAUUACUGCUUCCUAAAUUACCAUAUCCUAACAGAGUUCUUAGAUGCACAAGGACAGCAGAUGUGGACACAAGACAUGUUUCCUUUUUAGUAAUGGAAGUAAAGAUUCACUUUUAAGGGAUUAAAAAACCCAAAUUCUCCUAGGUCUGAACUCCUGAACCCAUCCUGAAAUUGGCCAGUUUUUUCUCCAAGCCUUAUGACUCAGAAUGUUCCUGGUCCCACUAGGACCAAAAAAGGCCGCUGGAGAUGAUUGCAACAUCCAAGACCAUCAUGGAUGGUAGGAAAUGAAAUUAAUAAAAUUCUUAGCUGGUUAGAAAAAGCAAUUCCAUUCCCAAGGCAUGCUUCUUGUAAAGCAGCUUAUAAUUUAGUAUCUAACACAGUUCUCUAGUACUUGCAGAAUGUUUUUUAGUGAAGCUGGGCGGGCAUUUCACAUUUACUUGAUGUUAUGUAUGAUUUCAGUUUUAUUGAUUUGCAAAGCAAACACUUUGAAUGAGAGAGCUGAGGAAAUAAUAAAGGAAAGAGUAAAUCAUCUAUGUCAACCAUAAAAAUAUGCUGCCCAUGCAGUCCUGUAGUGCUCUGUCAAAAAUGGAAAGAGUCUUCCAUGCACAGUGGAAUCUUUGAUCUACUGAAGGCCUCAGCUAAUGCAAAAGAAUGUUACCAAUUUGUCUACUCGCUGCAGCUACUUCCCAUGCUGUUCUGGAGGAUCCCCUGAUCUUCCAGAGCAAAUUUGAAGGGGGAAGAGGGAAUUGGAGAAAAUCCACCCUUUCUGUCAGCAAAGGCUUCCACUAGAUUAAAAGCCCUUCUGUAUGAAUCACCAUUGGAAUAAUUGCCCAAUGAAAUGAUAAGCUUUUAUUAAAUUUGUCCUGUAAGAUAAUAUAUUCAUACGUAUAAUAUAGAUCACAUCACUGAAUUCUGCCUGCAUCACAGGUGUAAUACUUUGGCUGUAUAUUUUUUUUAAAGUGGGUUUAGUUGAAAUUUUUAAAAGGUCAGCAUAAUUAUUUUGCACUUUUAAGUGACUGUCUAGGCUCCAUUGUAUUAAGUAAAUUAGUUGAUGUCAUCAGCAUUCAGAUAAAGGCACUUUAUCUGAAUAAAGUGAUGAAUAAAGUGCUUCAUGCAAGAACAGUUUUGCCCCUGUGUUUCAUGCAAAUUUAUUUUUUUUAAAAAAGGGAAGAGCUUGACCUCACUAGUUUUGUUUUUGUUGAAAAUACAUAACAUUGAAAAAUCCUUGUACUCAGUGCAGCCAUAUGAAGACUAGUGCUUUGCAAGAUAAAAGUGUUAAAGAUUAAAUAUAUCUCAGGUAGUUGCUAUAGUUCUCAGACAUGCAUCCAAACCUCACAUACUACCAUUAGCACUCCUUUUAAUGAGAGGAGGAAAAUCUGUGCCUAUGAAGAGAUGGAUGCAGAGAGCAACAUCUGCUGAAAUGAACAAGGAAAGUCCCUACACCCAGGAGUGCCAUGAGAGCAUUAGAGCUAGAGUUUGGGAAUUAAGAUGGCAUUCUUCUAUUAAUUUUGUAUGGCCAAAUAUCAUCAUCAUAGUAUUUCACUCUCCUAUUUAGAAUUUGAAAAACAUUUUGGCAGAAAUGGGUUAUUCAACAUCAGUGAGAAACAGUGUUGCAAGUUUUGUUUUUUAAACGGUAUUGCUAUUGCUAGUCAGAUUAAAAGUCUAGUGUUUUUCUGGUGCAAACAUUGUAGAAUCAUUGGAAGUCGUAUAGGAAAGGAACAAUGUUGAACUGUUGCUAUGUAAAUGUUUGUUGUGAAGAGAGUAACCCUUCAACUCAAAUCUCUUUGUUAUUUGUAUAUAUUUAGGUGAGGCUAUUUAAGGUAAAUUCUAUUUAGACCACAAAAAUAAGUAUUAAAAUUGUUUUGAUCCAUAUUUUGGGGUGUUAAAUGAUUAUCACUCAGUACUAUGUAUUUGUAUUGAGUUGGGAGCAAAAUCUUUCAAACACAUGUAAUUGCUUGAACUGUCCAGAUGUACCCCAAAACUGAGCAAGAGCCAAAGGACCUUGCACUAUAUUUCAUGUGUAGAUGCUUCAUUCUUGAAGAAUUUCCUUGCACCCUUCACACCCACAUGCAGUCUAGUGCUGAUGGAUGCAGUCCGGCUCAUGUUUGGAACCGCAAUGAGGUGACAAACAUUAGUUUUGAUAACUCAAACUGUUACCAGACUGGUGGAACCUCACUCUGAAAAGCUGUAAUACAAAACAAAAACAAAAAACCUUCCUUCAAAAUGUUUGUAUAAAAGUAUACUUUGAGAAUAUUCUGUUCUGUUUUCUAAUAAAAUAUUCUCUCAUUGUA